CCUUUUGUCUCUCCCCCUCAUGGAAGGCUAGCAUUUUCCCCUAAUUACAACAAUGCCAUCACGACCGUCUCUACAACCUACGGCGGCGGCGGCGAUACCUACAGCCUCACCCUCCCAUCACCGCCGUCACCAAUCAAUCCUUAUCGGAGUUAUCGGUCUCGCUUUCAUUGUCCUAGUCCUCAUCGUCCUCCUGAUAGUCUUUCUCUACCGCAAACUCUCUUAUAACCGAACAGCACCAUUCGACCACUAUAGCCACAAUCAUCAGCAUCGUCGUUUCUCCUACUCUCUCCUUCGACGCGUCACCAACUCCUUCUCGGCGUCCACCAAGCUCGGCCAUGGUGGGUUCGGCUCCGUUCACAAGGCUACCCUGCCUUCUGGUCUGUCCGUGGCCCUCAAACUCAUGGACUCCACGGGGUCGCUUCAAGGCGAGCGCGAGUUCCACAACGAGCUUUCACUCUGUUCCCAGCUUAGUUCUCCCUAUAUACUCUCUCUCCUGGGUUACUCUUCUGAUCGCCGAGGCCGAAAACUGAUUUUGGUUUAUGAACUCAUGCCGAAUAGGAGUUUGCAAGAUGCGUUGUUGGAUAGGAAGUGCGAGGAGCUUAUGGAGUGGAAGAAGAGAUUCGAUAUUGCUGUCCACAUCUCAAAGGGUCUUGAGUACCUUCACCAUCAUUGUAAUCCGCCCGUGAUUCACGGGGAUAUUAAGCCGAGUAAUGUGUUGCUAGAUGCCGAUUUCUCAGCGAAAGUUGGGGAUUUUGGACUUGCUAGGUUGAAAACAGACGAUCUGGAAAUGGUGGAGGAAAAUGGGGGAGAAGAAGAUAGUGCGAAGAAAAAGGAUGGGGUUGCGGACUUGGGGGAUGACCAUGGGUUGAUUUUGGAAGAGGUGGAGAGUGUCACCACUGGGUUUGAAGAAGGUAGUGCAGUGGUCGAUCGUUCGCCGGAGAGUUGCAUGAUUAGGAUUUUGGAUUCCGAAGCUUCUCCGGAGACGACGGUUGCGCUGUCCCCAGACGUAGGGGUCGAUAAAUCAAGUGUCUCAGAAGGGUGCUUUGAUAAAUUUAGCAUUGAUAGUGGAAAAGAUUUGAUCGGUAAUAAUCGAAAGAAGGGUGGUUCGGGCAGGGAUUGGUGGUGGAAGCAGGACAAUGGAGGAGGGUCGGAAUCGGGCAGGGUGAAAGACUAUGUGAUGGAGUGGAUCGGGAGUGAGAUUAAGAAGGAAAGACCAAAAAGCGAAUGGAUUGCGUCUCCAAGCACCGCAGGGACAAGCACUCCGGCCGAAAAAAUCGAGUCAAAGAAGCAGAGAAGGAGAUUGGAUUGGUGGGCAUCACUAGAGGAAGAAAAAGUCAAGAAGGAGAAGAAGAACCGAAAACCCAGAGAAUGGUGGAAGGAGGAGUUCUGUGAGGAACUCACGAGGAAGAAAAGAAGAAGUCUGGAUUCGAAUUACGUUGGGGAAUCAUGGUGGCAGAAAGAUGAUGAAAUGGUAUCGGAGAAGAAGAAGAAGAGGAAAAGCAAGAGUAGUAGAGGAAGCAUUGACUGGUGGUUGGAUGGUUUGAGCGGUGAGCUCAGAUAUGGCAGAAGAAAUAGCCAGGAUUGGGUUAGCGGGGAUAUGCCCAAGAGUGGUGGAAUUAGCAGCACGCCAAGUAUGAGAGGAACUGUUUGUUACAUUGCUCCUGAGUAUGGUGGUGGUGGACAGCUUUCUGAGAAAUGUGAUGUCUAUAGUUUUGGAGUUCUACUCUUGGUUUUGAUAGCAGGAAGACGACCUCUUCAAGUUACAGCAUCACCAAUGUCAGAAUUUGAAAGGGCUAAUCUUAUUUCAUGGGCUCGACAACUUGCCCACAGCGGGAGGCUAUUGGAUCUUAUUGACCCUUCCAUUCAUUCAUUAGACAAGGAGCAGGCUUUGCUCUGCAUCACUAUAGCCUUGUUAUGUCUACAGAGAUCCCCAGCAAAGCGACCUACCAUGAAAGAGAUUGUAGGCAUGCUUUCCGGUGAGGCUGAGCCGCCCCACUUACCUUUUGAGUUUUCACCAUCACCGCCGUCUAAUUUUCCGUUCAAGUCCCGAAAGAAGGCACCGCCAUUGUGGAGGUAGUUUUGUACUAUAUCUGGUAUGGAGACUCUUGGACAAAAGAUGAUUUACAGGAACCUUCAAGUUCAACCACAGGUUCUACCUCCUCAUCUAAGCUACCUCUAUAUACCGUAGCCGCUAACAAAAGUAAGUGAAUGCAAGUAGUGUGUUUGUAAAGGGAUGGGGGAAAAAGAAGUGAUGGAUGUAAAAAUGGGAAGGGGAUCUCUCAGUCAAACUUGUAACUCCAACUGAGAAGUGCUAACUACUUUAACAGCCAAACUCUUAACUACAACAACUGCCCAGCCCCUUCAAUACUUCUGACACGUCGCAAUGUCUCCUUUGAAUUUUUAUUCUGUAAAGAGAACAUUUUGGCAGGGAAUACUCCAUGUGAUAAUCUUCUAUUUUCAAUCUUUGCGAGGGCAGUGAUGAGUGGAAUCAAAUUGAGUGCAGGACGUGGAUGUGAUCAAUGAAAAUGUCUGUCAUUCUUCCA